UUUUUGUCUUAAACAGAUACACCGCGCAAUUUGUAUUUUUUGCACACGUUGACCUGGCUUUUGAAUAUGUUUGGCAUUUUUUUCAUACUCGCCGCACACGAGCACUACUCAAUAGAUGUAUUUGUCGCAUUUUACAUAACAUCGCGCCUCUUUCUGUAUUAUCACACGCUAGCCAAUAAUCAGGCUCUUAUGUCGCAUGAUUCAAACCGUACCCGCAUCUGGUUUCCAAUGUUUAGCUAUUUUGAGAGCUCUAUAGAUGGCAUCGUACCCAAUGAAUUUGACAGCAUCGGAGCUCUGAUUGAUGGUAUGCUCCAGUUUGUUUUAAAUGUCAAAGACACUUGUAUGCUAACAGCGCGUCGCAUUUGGAUUGAUACCCCACAUUUAUAUCUAAGCAGUGGAAACCGACCGUUUAAAUCGGAUUCAUCGGAGCCGCUUAAAGCGAUGAAUAAGCAGCUGGCUGGCAGCGUUUGUAACAUUCAACCUGCGAAUUCAACACAAGCUUCCCCCGACGUAAGUAAAAAGGGAACAUUAAAGUCUUCAGAAUCGCCUUCAGAAAGUGCCACGACAAAGUCAUCGGCACCAAAUAACUGUACAAAAUUGGAUAAAAAGCAGCUGUAGUUAAAAUGCACACAGUCUUAGGCACACAAUUGGCAUUUAUGAUAUCGUAAAUCUAAAUAAAACCAAUAUUUUUAUUAUGUAAGAUAUUUUUAUAUUUAAGUGUUUCAAUCAUUACAUUCCCCCAUGUACAUAGUAUGUAUGUAUACAUAUUUAGCUAGUAAAAUAUCAAACAUACACGUGCAUAUAUGGAAUCCAUGCAGUACUCGUAAAUAAAUAUUCUAGUGAAUUAACA